GUUCUGAAUACUGAAAACAUGCCUGCUCCUGCUCUCUGUUUUUGAGCUUGUUUUUGCCAGUUUUGAUCAGUUUUUAAGAGCAAAUUUGUUUGCUUGUUUGGAAGAUCUUGUUUUUAUUCUAGUUUUUAGACUUUUAGAUUGGAAAGAAGUGAGCAGUAGUUUUUGUUAGUGUGUGUGAAACUCUGAAACUUAAAGUAAAAAUGAAAGAAGAAAUUGCAGCCACAGUUUUCUUUGUUGUGAGACUGGCGAAGAAACAUGGAAGACUUGAUCGCUCACGCAGAGACAAGUUUGCGGUAGCUUUUACGUCUGUUCUGUUCGAGAACUACAAAGGCCACUGGUACCCUGAGAACCCGUGCAAAGGACAGGGUUUUAGGUGUUUGAGGACCAACAGAUCCCAGGUUAGAGACCCAAUAAUUGAUGGUGCUUGCAAACGGAGUGGUAUCAACUAUGAAGACCUGGGUUUACCAAAGGAGAUCACCAUUUGGGUAGAUCCAGGAGAGGUGUCCUGCCGGUAUGGUGAGAAGAACACGCCGUUCUGUGUGACUCUUCUUGAAGGGGAGAAGGGAGACAGUGAGUUCUCACGCAGGAUUAACAACGCUGUGGAACGGGCUACCUCAGACUAUCACUCUGGAACCUCCUCUGAUGAGGAGAGCUGCAACAGCAGCAUGAUCAGCAGUAGCAGCAGCAGCACCACACUCUCAGCUCCAGAGCCGAAGUGCAUCCCAACCGUGUCCAACCCAAACAGUGUCUACCAGUUCAGUGAGUUUGCGCCUCCUGCACCCAUCCAGUCCUGGGCUCCCUAUCCCAAAAGGAAGCCCUAUAAUGGAAAUGGUUACCAGCAGCAUUCGAAUGGACCGUACCCUCCUCCACACAACGGCUUCAAAAAUUACAGGCCCUCCUAUGCUUUCUCUGGUCCGCGGGUGGACAAAUACCAUUGGGUCAGCAAGAAUCGCUCCUAGAGACGGGUCCUUCACGCCCCCUCUCCCCCGUCUCUGUCCCUACUUGUUUCUGUGCAGGCAUGUGACCAUGGCUUAAUUUAAGUGUUUAAGAAACUUUAUUUAUGAGAAUCUAUUGAGGUAUUGCCUUACAGGCAUUUUAAUACUUGCUGUUUUAAUAAAUUAUGCAAUAAAUCAAAUGUAAUUAAGUCUAAAUAAAAAAAA